CUUGUCAACUGAUUCAUACAAAGAUGAACUUCUCUUCAUCAAGAAAACAUUACUCAUAUUUCUUUUUUCUUUUUGCAUUAGCUAUAGUAAUUGAUGUUCCAAGAUUAAUCUUGGCACAAAACUGUGGCUGUUCAGAAAAUUUAUGUUGCAGUAGAUGGGGUUAUUGUGGAAGUGGAAAUGAUUAUUGUAGACAAGGGUGUCAAGGAGGGCCUUGUUUUAGUACUUCACCAUCAAGCAAUGGAGGUUCAGUUUCUGAUAUUGUCUCUGAUGCAUUCUUUAAUGGAAUAGCUGAUCAAGCAGCUUCUAACUGUGAAGGAAAAGGGUUUUAUACAAGGACUAGGUUCUUGGAAGCUCUUAAAUCUUAUCCUAAUUUUGGAACUGUGGGUUCUACUGAUGAUUCUAAGCGUGAGAUUGCUGCUUUCUUUGCUCAUGUCACCCAUGAAACUGGACACAUGUGCUACAUAAAUGAGAUAAAUGGUCCUUCAGGCGACUAUUGUGAUGAGAACAACACAGAGUACCCAUGUGUCUCAGGCAAGAAUUACUAUGGUCGAGGACCCAUUCAACUAUCAUGGAACUUCAACUACGGACCUGCAGGAAAAGCCAUUGGAUUCGAUGGCCUAAAUGACCCUGACAUAGUGGCAAGAGAUGGUGUUAUUUCCUUCAAGACAGCCUUGUGGUAUUGGAUGAACAAUUGUCAUUCUCUCAUUACUUCUGGCCAAGGUUUUGGCCCAACUAUUCGAGCCAUUAACGGUCAGCUUGAAUGUGAUGGUGGCAACCCUCAGACUGUUGCUAGAAGGAUUGAGUAUUAUACUCAGUAUUGUCAACAACUUGGUGUCGAGACUGGGGAUAAUCUCACGUGUUAGGACCCUAGACAAGUUGGCAUAUUAAUACAACAAUAUACAUUUUACUUACACGGUUGUCAGGCUUGCAUAGAUAUGUUUUGAAAAUUGAAUAAGACUUUAUUAUACUUGA